GGCGCAGUUGAAGAUUUUUGGUUGUUAUGAAUUUUAUCUCGGUGCGAAGAUUAUUGCAUUAAUAUCAAUAAUCGAAAAUCUUGUUAAAGUUGUUGUGAGUGUGAUCUUCAUAAUUUGGGCUUCAACUGAACAGCAAUCAAGAAAACUUAACAAAGAAAUGAAUCACGCCAAAGUUUAUGUUUUAAUUGGGAUCAUUGGAUUUAUUUUCUCAUCACUUCUCAUUAUCGGAAUAUCAAGAAAUCUUUAUCGACGAAUGAUUCCAUGGAUUUGCUUUCAAAUCGGUAACAUUUGUUAUCAAGUUUACUUCUCAUUUGAAGUCAUCAAGUCAAGUCGAUAUGAGAAUUUGAACUUUUCAACAAUGAUAAUUUUAAUGAUUUUUAUUUUUCAUAUAAUCUUUGAAAGUUAUUACUUGUGUUUAAUCAUUGGAUUAUCGCAAAUCGUUGCAAACAUUAAACUUAUGACUGUGAAAGAAUCUUUAAAUAUUCAAAAUGUCCCCAUGACAUCUUUAGAAUGUGGAAUACAUGCAAAAGAAGGAGAAAGUUAAUAAAAAGUUGUCUUUAGGAAAUCCCGACAUUCCUCGUUUGAUUUUA